AUGUUAUCGAAUAUAUUUGUUCGCUUAUUAACAUCUGUUCGACCAGUUCAUAACUAUCAACAGCAUUUUGUUCGUUUAUUAAGUACAGCUGAAACGAUUACAAACGAAACUAGUAGUUCGAGUAAUCGUGAAAAAGGCGUUGUUAAACGAUUUUCCAAAGAAAAGGGUUUUGGUUUUAUAUCAAAAACUAGUGAUGGAACUGAUUAUUUUGUUCAUUUUAAAAAUAUAAAUGCAACUGGCUUUAAACAACUUGAACAAGGACAAGAAGUUGAAUUUAUUGCAACACAAGGUGAAAAAGGAUUAGAAGCAAAAGAUGUUAGUAUAAUUAGCAGUGGAACCGGUCGUAAGUCAGUUUUUGAACGCUCAUUCAAUAAUGAUUUUCCUCGAUCAAAAACAAAUUUCGAUACCUUUUCAAGAAACAAAUCAUCAUCAUCAUCACCUUUAUUUAAUUUUGGUGGUACUGAAUCUUCUAAAUUAAAGUCUAGAGAACAAGAAUCAACAUCAACAGAACAACCUUUUAAAUUUAGUGAGAAUUUAACAAGUUCUACUAAAGAUAAUUUCUUUUCUUCAAAAAAAUCACAAAUAACUUAUGAACAAAACCGUGAGUUAGGUUCAGUAAAACGAUGGACACCUGAACGAGGUUUUGGUUUUAUUCGACGAACCAAUAGUAAUAAAGAUCUUUUUUGUCAUGCUCGAAGCCUUAAAGAUGGUGUACAAUCACUUGAACCGGGACAAACAGUUGAAUUUAGUAUUCAUCAAACAGACAAAGGUGACGAAGCACGUGAUGUUGUUAUUGUGAAAGACGAAUUUCUUGAAAAUGAACAACAAGAUACGAUUUCAACUGCAAAUCUUGGUGAACGUCAAACAGGCAUUGUCAAAAAAUGGUUAACAGGAAGAGGUUAUGGAUUUGUACAACGUGAUAGUGGCGGAUCCGAUGUAUUUGUACAUGUUCAAAAUCUAAGUAAUGGCAUUCAAUCAUUAGAAGAAGGGCAAACUGUUGAAUUUAAUGUAACAAAAAAUGAAAAAGGCGAAGUAGCACAAAAUGUAACAAUUCUUAAUGAAAGACAGAAUGAAAAAAGUGAACAAUCAGAAAAUGUAACUGUUCGUAGUGAAACAUUAAAAUAA